AUGGCCUCGCAAUUGCUUCCCCUCGAGCUCAUCGACAAAUGCAUCGGCUCACGGCUGUGGGUCAUCAUGAAGGGCGACAAAGAGUUUAGCGGCACGCUCGUUGGCUUCGACGACUACGUCAAUAUGGUCCUGGAAGAUGUGACUGAGUUUGACUACAGCGGAAACCACACAAAGCUGCCUAGGAUUCUGCUCAACGGAAACAACAUCUGCAUGUUGAUUCCUGGCGGUGAAGGACCAGGCGAGGCAGCUGCUGCGUGA